CAGGAUGUGAGGCAGCACACCCCCCUUAGAACAAAGGACUUGUCUAGCGAGCAGGGCUGGUGUUGAGCUGAAUAGCUCUAAUAUAAGAUGCAAUGAACAGACUCAAGGUAUUGCUUUUCAUUACUAUCCACCCGACAUCAGAAGAGACAAAAGAUCAACGGCAUAUCAAGAUGCCGCCGCCGACAACAUUCUGGGACCCACGCCUCCUUCUUGACUGUUAUCCCCUCAGGGAGAAUUUCAAGUGUACCGGAACCACGAAGAAAGGCGCUCGAUGCGGCCAGACUUUCAUCGAAAACAAAUCAAAGUCCGACUCGGACCGCGUUCUCUCCAUCCUCUCGAGCGAGGAUAUUAUCGCAAAUGGCCUGGGCGAUCGAAUAAAAAACUGCCUACGAAUCCUCGCUGAGCUUACUCUCUGCCCAAGAUGGCACCGCGGAUCACAAAUCAACACUGUCUAUCUCAAGUGGUUUCGGACGAUCAACAGCUUCAUCACUGAGGAACGGUCGAGAAGCAGCAUCCGUGCCGGUGGUAAAUGAAGAACGUCCUCGACAACCAAGAGACGAUCCUCAAGCACGGCAGCUGCCUCUGCCUGCUCGGAGAGCGAAUCUCGAUGCAUACCAGCGCCUAAUGGACGAAAUGGCGGGGAUUGAUGGGGAAAGGGCCCAAAUACAAGCACUUCAAGAAUAC